UCGCGUCCCUGCGAUCGCCCCCAGCUGGUGGGGCUCCCAGCCCAGGGGAGCCGGGUCCACGGCAGCGCGAGUGGCUGCGGCGCGAGUUAAUAAACAGUUAAGUUUGGAAGACUCAGCAGACACGUUGAGGGGGAGUUACCAAGCCAGGCAGCAAAAACAUCCCGGCACAUUCCUGGGGAGUCCUCAGCUGCCAGCAUCUGAUUAGAACCAUAUCUCUCGCCGGGAGUGGCCGCGCGGCUCCGAGCUCGGCCGGCUGCUAUUUAAGCGGGGCCCGCGGUGUCGGCUGCGCGGCAGCCUGGAGGCUCCGGGCGCGGGGAAGUCAUGCUCGCUUCGCACCGGCGCUGCUAGCCCGUGUCUGUGGUAGGUUAUGUUUAUUUGAGAUUUCUCCAUCGGGAAUUGCCUGUUGUCACUAAGUGUCUGCUGGUGCUGGGACUUGCUGCCUGCCUUCUUGCCAUGUCUAACGAAGUAGAAACAAGUACAACCAACGGUCAGCCUGACCAACAGCCCGCACCAAAGGCACCCUCGAAGAAGGAAAAGAAGAAAGGCUCUGAAAAGACAGAUGAAUAUCUCUUGGCUAGGUUCAAAGGUGAUGGUGUAAAAUACAAGGCCAAACUAAUUGGCAUUGAUGACGUGCCAGAUGCAAGAGGGGAUAAAAUGAGCCAAGAUUCUAUGAUGAAACUGAAGGGAAUGGCAGCAGCUGGUCGGUCUCAGGGACAACAUAAACAAAGGAUCUGGGUCAACAUUUCCCUUUCUGGAAUAAAAAUAAUUGAUGAGAAAACUGGGGUAAUAGAGCAUGAACAUCCAGUCAAUAAGAUUUCUUUCAUUGCCCGAGAUGUGACAGACAACCGGGCAUUUGGUUAUGUGUGUGGAGGAGAAGGCCAGCAUCAGUUUUUUGCCAUAAAAACAGGGCAACAGGCUGAGCCAUUAGUUGUUGAUCUUAAAGACCUUUUUCAAGUUAUCUAUAAUGUAAAGAAAAAGGAAGAAGAAAAGAAAAAGACGGAAGAAGCCAACAAAGCAGUAGAGAAUGGGAGUGAGACCCUAAUGAUUCUUGAUGACCAAGCUAACAACAAACUGAAGUUGGGUGUUGACCAGAUGGAUUUGUUUGGGGACAUGUCUACACCUCCUGACCUAAAUAGUCCAAAAGAAAGCAAAGAUAUCCUGUUAGUGGAUCUAAACUCUGAAAUCGACACCAAUCAGAAUUCUUUAAGAGAAAAUCCAUUCUUAACAAAUGGCAUCACCUCCUGCUCUCUUCCUCGACCAAAGCCUCAGGCAUCCUUCUUGCCUGAAAACGCCUUUUCUACCAAUCUCAACUUCUUUCCCACCCCUAAUCCUGAUCCUUUCCGUGACGAUCCUUUCGCACAGCCAGACCAAUCGACACCCUCUUCGUUUGAUUCUCUCAAAUCUCCAGAUCAGAAGAAAGAGAAUUUGAGUAGCUUGUCUGCUCCACUGAGCAAUGGGCCCCAGAAUGGUGAUGUUGAUUAUUUCGGUCAGCAGUUUGACCAGAUCUCUAACCGGACUGGCAAACAGGAAGCGCAGGCAGGCCCGUGGCCCUUUGCGAGCGCGCAAACUCAGCCAGCAGUGAGAACUCAAAAUGGGGUAUCUGAAAGAGAACAGAACGGCUUCCAUGUCAAAUCCUCCCCGAACCCUUUUGUGGGAAGCCCUCCCAAAGGACUGUCUGUACCGAAUGGCGUAAAGCAGGACUUGGAAAGCUCUAUCCAGUCCUCACCACAUGACUCCAUAGCCAUUAUCCCACCUCCACAAAGUACCAAACCGGGAAGAGGCAGAAGGACUGCUAAGUCUUCAGCGAAUGACUUGCUUGCAUCAGACAUCUUUGCUCCUCCCGUCUCAGAACCUCCAAGCCAGAUGUCACCCACAGGACAAUCUGCAACCCUACAGACCAACCCUCUGGAUCUCUUCAAAACAAGUGCUUCUGCCCCAGUGGGGCCCCUUGCGGGCCUAGGUGGUGUAUCAGCCACACUCCCUCAGGCAGGACCAUGGAGCACACCUUUGGUCUUCAAUCAGUCCACUUCUAUGGUCCCGGGAGCCAUGAUGGGUGGCCAGCCUUCAGGUUUCGGUCAGCCUAUUGUUUUUGGUACAAGCCCAGCCAUUCCAGGUUGGAACCAGCAUUCAUCCUUUGCAGCCUCGACUUCCCCUCCAGCUCCUGCUGUUUGGGGCCCUUCUGCAUCUGUGGCACCCAAUACUUGGCAGUCAACAAGCCCUUUGGGGAAUCCUUUUCAGAGCAACAUAUUUCCAUCUCCUGCUAUGUCCACUCAGUCCCCUUCUAUGCUGUCCUCUCUCCUGGUCACUCCUCAGCCGCCUCCUAGAACUGGCCCUCCAAAGGACAUCUCCAGUGAUGCCUUCACUGCCUUAGACCCACUUGGGGAUAAAGAAGUCAAGGAGGUGAAAGAAAUGUUUAAGGACUUCCAACUGCGGCAACCACCUGCUGUGCCCGCACGGAAAGGGGAGCAGACUCCCUCUGGGACUUCAAGUGCCUUCUCUAAUUAUUUCAACAGCAAAGUUGGCAUUCCUCAAGAGAAUGCAGACCAUGAUGACUAUGAUGCUAAUCAGCUGUUGAGCAAGAUCAAUGAACCACCAAAGCCAGUUCCCAGACAAGGUGCCCUGCCAGUUACCAAAUCUGCUGACCAUGCAUUUGAGAACCCUUUUUCUAAAGAUUCUUUUGGUUCAUCACAAGCCCCCAUGAUUUCUGCUCAAUCUGCAUCUUCUGAUAUGUAUAGGGAUCCUUUUGGAAAUCCUUUUGCCUAACUUCUGAACUUGGUGUGCUGACUAUCCAGAGGAACAAAAAGGUUGGCCUUAGAAGCAAGGACAAAGCUAAUAGCCAGACACACCCUCAUCUCUGCCCUUGUCCGGCUUUCACAUAUUAUCUGUUGCCUUAUUUCUGUUGCCUCUUCCACUUGUAAAAUGUCUUUCACUUUCUGUCUAGGUUAAAGCUAAACUGAAUCUAUGGCUUUAAAUAAAUCAAGACCCUAAACUCUCUAGCUUAAAUGUAAAUGAAGUACACUAGUUUACCUACUGAACCUUUGCCUAUUGUAUCCCUAGAACCUUCUAGAACACUCUACCUUUUACCCUCUGCUUAGGAGAUGCAGCCACCACAUCCCUCCUAUGAUGCUUUUUUGAAUAAAUUUUCAAAUCCUUACUGUUAAAAGUUGUUUGGGGGUUCUGUUUUAGAGCAUAAAACCUAAAGAUGAUAAGAGAACAAGGCACCUUCUUAAAUCUUGCUCAGACUAUCACUGACACAAAAUUUUUGAAGUUGAAGCAAGUCUGAAUUCCUCUGAGACACUUUGGAAUCAAACACACUGAAGGACCUUUUUAAAGAUGUAGUUUCUCCUCUUUCUGAAGAUCAAUUUCUCCCGAGGCCAAAAAUGUCUUUUUUUCAAUCUCUUGCUAGCCAUUGCAAAUUAGGGAAAAGCAUAUUCAUCUCUCCUCUCCUUUUCCCUCUGAUUCUCUUUGCAGUCAGCUUUGCAUCUGGGUUCAUAUAGCAUUAUCUCCCUUUUACAAGCAGAAGAUUUUCAUGGGGUAAAAAAAAAAACCUAAUGAUUCACAGAUCUGGAGCCUCUUCUUUCUCAGUAAUUGUUAGUCCCAGUAACUAGAACUGCAAAUGGGCACAACCUGUAUCUUUCCAAUGGAAUAGGAGGCCAUUCUCUUGCACUGAAGUUCCAGAAGAGCAGUUAAUAUUGAAGAGAAAUCAAAAUCAACUCAGCAAUGAAGGACUAUUCUGAAGAGCAACAUAUCACAAAGCUAACUGUGUUUGUGCCAAAUACAUUAGGUGCUUCUUUGGGGUCAUGCUAGGCCUUUAUCAAGUAACUGGAAAACUUUCUUGAAGCCACAGUAUCAUAGUAAGUAGGAAGAUAAAUAGGGGGGAAAAAGCUGUAGAACAGGUAUUUGGGGUUAUCAUUGAAAAUCUAAUGUCUGAGAUAUUUUUCUCCUCACAACCUUGGAAACUUUCCCAGUUCAUUCUCGGCCCUGUUGUUACCAGGGUUCUCAAGAGUUUGUUCUUGCCAAAAUGAGUUUUGUUCUGUUUUGUUUUGUUUAUGCUGGAUUUUUAAUGUUGUCUCCUCACCCUUAAUGCUCAGGUUCUUGUGGAUGUUGAUCAACCACAUACAAUGUUACCUUUAGGUGGAAGAAGAGGAUAACUGCUCAGGAUCUAAACAAGAUGGUGGCCUCAUGAACCGCUAUUGAUUAACCCCAAGUAGUUAAGCUAAAGUCCUGUGGUUUUAUGUUUAAUGGUAAUAGCAGAUCAUAUAUGGCAUAAUUUUCCAUCAGGCUUCUUGCUCAGUCAUAAACACAGACUUGAAUUAGUACUUUAAAUGUCCAAAUACCUAAAUGUGCUAAACUGGAGGUUAUUAUUUCUAGGUAGUUGAAUUUUUAAAAGUUAUGAUCAGCCACACAGCUGUUUUGUACAUACUUAUUUUCUCGUGCACUUUUCUGUAUGCAAAUAAAGCUAUAAAUUUACUCAUUUUAAUAAACUGGAAUGGCAGAAU